AAUGAAUUAAAGUUUGACUGUAAUGGAAAAGGUUGAAUAAGAUAAGAUGGAAAAUCCUUAAGCGUGGAUUAAAGACAAUAUAGUGAAUUCACUUUCGGGAAAACAGUGGAGAUAAAACUAUUUACAGAGAUUGGGAAUAAAGUAAGUAUAUGAGAAGGAGAAUUCAUCUAAAGAAUUUCAAUUAAAUUAUAUAAUAAGAACGAAUGAUGAUGUUCGUAAUAAUUACAUCUAAAAACUUAUGAAUAAUAAAUUGAUGUAAUAAUAGAAGAAGCAUUAAACUUGUAAUACUUUUUAUAUGAUUUAGUGACAAUAUUUGAUUGGGAUGACACAUUAUUAUGUACAACCUUUUUAGGAGGAUAUGGAUUUGUUGAUUUACCCAUAGAUGUUUUAGAAUAAUUGACUGCUUUAAAUGAAAGCGCUGUAAUUUAAAUAAACAUAUUAAGAGUAGAUUGUUAGAAAAAGCUUCUUAAGUAGGGGAUGUAUUUAUAAUUACAAAUGCUGCUUAGGGUUGGGUUGAAUACAGCAGCAAAUUGUAGAUAUUUUAAUUUAAGUAGGUAUAUGAAUAAGGUGUUUUAAGUCAUCUUUGAUAAAAAAAUUGUUGUAAUCUCUGCUAGACAUGGAUAUGAAGAAAUGUUUCCAGGUGAUUGUGGUAAAUGGAAGAUAGAAGCCUUUAAGGAUAUAAGAUCUAAGUAUGAAAAUGAUGUGUUUACCAAUCUAAUAUGUUUGGGAGAUUCAAAUAUUGAAAUCGAUGCUGCCCACGUGUUAGCCAAGUUUAAAUCUUAAAUAUCUUAGGGAAUUCACUGUUGCAUUAAUAAAGACCAUUAAAUUCAGGGAGUGUCCAAAACCUGAAGAGUUGGUCAGGUAGUUAGAUUUAGUAUCAGAUAAAUUCGAGUAAAUUUAUACUACUUUUAAAAGUUUAACAAUACGGUUAGAGAAGUAAAUAUGUAUUUAAUUUUUAGGAAAACUUCGGGUAAUUGA